AUGGACGAAACCUCCACCACCAAAACCAGAUUCACAGAAGAAUCACUCUUACAAAACACCCAAAAUACAAAAAAUAAAGGCAAAUACAGUCGCAGUCUCUCCCACGUACACGACGAGCUUUACAGUUUCCGAUGUUACCUCCGAUGGAUGUGCGUCGAUCAAUCCAACGGCUUCACCGCAACUCUCUCUUGGUCCGUUUUCAUCGUCUUCGCGCUGGCUGUUCCUGCCGCGUCACACUUCUUUAUUGCCUGUCCUGAUUGCGAUGCUCGACACUCUCGACCGUACGACGCUGUCGUUCAGCUGUCGCUGAGUUCUGUUGCUUCGUUGUCGUUUUUGUGUCUUUCGUCGUUUGUUAGAAAGUAUGGGCUUCGGAGGUUCUUGUUUUUGGAUAAGCUUUGUGAUGAGAGCGAGACGGUUCGAAUGAACUACAUGGCUCAGCUUAAUAGAUCUUUGAAGCUCAUUUCGGUUUUUGCGGGUCCAUGCUUCAUAGCAAUGGCUGCAUACAAGAUAUGGUGGUACUCAUCAGGAGGAUCACAAAUUCCAUUCUUAGGAAAUGUGUACGUCAGUGAUAUAGUAGCCUGCGUAUUGGAACUCUGCUCAUGGCUGUACCGAACCACUGUGAUAUUUCUAGUUUGCGUUCUCUUCCGUUUAAUCUGUCAUCUUCAGAUUCUACGGCUACAAGAUUUCGCUACAUACUUUCAUGUUGAUUCAGAUGUGCAAGCGGUAAUGUCUGAACACUUAAGGAUUAGGAGACAUUUGAGAAUCAUAAGUCAUAGAUACCGGAGGUUUAUUCUAGUCGCGCUUAUAUUGAUUACCGGAAGCCAGUUUGUGUGUUUGCUUGAAACUACUAAGGCUAGAUAUGGUCUUAGCAUCUACAAAACCGGUGAACUUGUGCUGUGUUCGGUGAUGCUUCUUUCUGCGCUGUCUAUCAUGUUCCGUAGUGCAACAAAGAUAACACACAAAGCACAAGCAAUCACAGGGUUAGCUGCCAAGUGGCAUGUUUGCGCGACGUUAGAUUCUUUUGAUGGAACGGACGAAGGUGAAAGACUAUCCGAUCAAAUUUCUCACGAUAAAAUCUAUCCUAGGGUGGGAACAGAUGGUGAAUCAGAGGGUGAUGAUGCUGGUGAUGAAGAAGAUGAAAUUGAUAACACAAAGUGGAUUGCAUCAUAUUCUUACAGUACUAUCUCUUAUCAGAAAAGACAAGCUCUUGUAAAUUACUUAGAGAAUAAUAAGGCAGGGAUUACUGUAUAUGGAUUCAUGUUGGAUAGGAGUACGCUUCAUACCAUAUUUGGUAUUCAACUUUCACUAGUUCUUUGGCUGCUUGGGAAGACUAUAGGCAUUUCUUGA